UCAGACUCUCUCACACUCACUCGGCCGUCUCUCUCUCUCUCUCUCUCUCACUCACUCACUCACGAAACGAAACGAAACCCUACACUAUUUCUCUCCCGAUCUGAGACUAACCCUCACCUCAUCGGCCGCCGUCCCUUGGCUCUCUGUCUCUCUCUCGACUCGUCCCUUGGCUCUCUCUCACUCUUCACAUCUUUAAGUCUCUUAGAGUCGCGCGAGACUCAUUCUCUUUCUCCAAACCGAACCAAACAUCAUCCAAUUUUAUUGGUUUUUGGAGCGAAUCCUUGUAAAUUCUGGAGGGCUCUGGUUCAUUCUAAGUAGUUGUGCUUAGUCUCUGUGGGUUUGGAUUAAUAGGCAAAAUUGAAGUUGUUUAGCGUCGCUGCUGCUGCUGCUGCUGCUGCUGCCUGCUGCCUGCUGCUGCUGCUGCUGCUGCCUGCUGGAGGUAAAUAUGAGCUUUGAAAGUUUGGAAAAUUUUGCUUAAAUGGAGGUUGCUUUGUGAAGGCUUUUGGAAGAAUGGAUGCAGCAGAUUUUUUGUAAGGAUAUUAUCUCUAUGUGUAUUUUUGUGAUGGGUUGUAAUCUUUAAUGUCAUAAGUUUAAUUUGGUUUGUGUAUUAUUUUUUGUAAUGGUUUGUAAGAGAUUAUAUUUCCUUUCCUUGGUUGGUUGGUUGAAUUGAAUGUGUGUAUGUGAGAUUUAUUUAGUUUAGAAACUUAGAUUGGAAUGAUGGAUUUUUAUAGCUUGAAUUUACAUAAUUUCAGGUUUUGAAAGAGAAGUAAAAAGUGUUUUGGGCUUGUUCAUAAGAAUUUAAUAGGUUUUGGCAAUUUGACAACAAAAAAAAGGGUUUUGGCUGAAAGGAAAUCGGAUUUGGGCUUUGUUUUACUGAAAAAAAUAUGAUUUGGGCUUUUUUUGGCCGAAAAUAAAUAAGAUUUGGGCUUUUGGAAAAUUGAAAAAAUGGGCCCAAGCCCAAACCGAGAAGAAGUCAGAACCGACCCGAGAACCGAGCCCAUUUUCGGUUCGGCUCAUUUUCGGGUUUCAUCCUAGACCCGACCCGACCCGAGAACCGAGCUCUCCUUCGGUUUGGCUCGCGGGUCGGCCAAAAUUUGACCCGACCCGAACCGUGCCCAGGCCUAAUUGGACGUGUUCAGCUGUUUCUUUAGGAUUUCCUUGUUUUUUCUUCAAUUUCUUGCCCCGCUUUUUGGCUCUCUGGUUUGAUUCUUUAAUGGCUUGUGCGAUGAUGAUGAUAGUCAAACUUUCUUAUUGACUUAGAUUCCAAUUGAAACUGUGUGUGGUUUUCUUUGGUCAACCCCACCACGCGGACACAGAGUUUUCUGUCUCUCUGUCUCUGUUUCUCUGUCUCUGUCUCUCUCUCUCUUCCAUUAUUUCCUUUCCUUCGUCCCCUACCCUGCUUUCAUUAUCUCUAUUGUGUUUUUAUUAAUUAUUUUUGGGUUUGUGCUAAAAUAAACAUUUUCAAAACAUUUAUUCAAUAAUAGCCCAUUCCUCUCAUAGUGCCUCUUUGUUAUUCCCAUUAGCGCAUCUUUGUUGUCUCCAUAGUGCCUCUUUACUACAAGGGUGACUAAAAGAAAUUGUGAUCGACAGAAAAAUAAGGCAAGUAUUUUCGUUCUCUAUUUCAUCUACUCCUAUAACUUUCGAAUUGAUUAUUUUCAGUCAAUUUUGCAUCUUGUUUUUGGUUGGGUUGGUUCUUUUCCUGCAAAUUCUCUGGCUUUGUGAUUGUUUUAGUGGUCUGCUGAGCUUAUUGUCCACAGUUGACAUUUCCUUUUCGAUCUCUAGUUUGUUUUCUUUAUUCUCUUUUGCUUAAUACAUUUUCAAUUACCAAAAGAAAAAUUAAAGCUAGCACUAUACCAUCUUCUUUCUAUGUUUCAACUGAGUGUGUUCAAAGCCAGAUUUUGAGGAACCGUCUUUUCCAAUGGCCUUGAGCACCCAAAGAGCCUCUGCAUCUCUUUCGGCUGAAUCGGCUCCUCCUCGAUGGAAACAUGAUGUUUUUCAGAGUUUCAGGGGUGCAGACACUCGCAGGGGUUUUAUGUCUCAUUUAGACCACGAACUGCGGUACUGGCAAACAAUAAAAACUUUCAAGGACGACCGAGACCUUGAAAUAGGAACAACUAUUUCUCCGGAGCUGUUGACCGCAAUCGAAGAAUCACAUCUUGCCAUCAUUGUUCUCUCCCCAAAUUACGCUUCUUCCACUUGGUGCUUGGAUGAACUCUCAAAGAUUCUUGAAUGCAUGGAAGACACCAAGAGAAUUCUGCCAAUCUUUUAUGACGUGGAUCCUUCCGAUGUACGAAACCAAAAGGGGAGUUUUGCGGAAGCCUUCACUAAGCAUGAAGAAAGGUUUAGUGAAGAAGCAGAGAAGGUGAAGCGGUGGAGAGCUGCUUUAAGAGAAGUUGCCAAUCUCUCUGGCUUAGAUUCAAAGAAUUAUAAAUCGGAAGCAGAGCUUAUCAAAAAUAUUGUCAAAUGUGUGUGGACGAAAGUGCAUCCAACAUUCAUGUUGUCAGGUUCUCCGGAAAAUUUAGUCGGAAUUGAUUUUGCACUUGAGCAACUACGUUUGCAAUUAGCUCCCGAAGAAAAUGACGUUCGCUUUAUAGGGAUAUGGGGGAUGGGCGGGGUAGGCAAAACAACCCUUGCUAAGCUAGUUUUUGAGAAAAUUUCCCAUCAUUUUGAACUUAGUUCGUUUCUAUCUGAUGUGAGAGAGGUUUCUGCAAAACAUGGUACACUAGUUGCUCUACAAAGACAACUUCUUUUCCCAAUCUUGAAGGAAGAAAAUAUUAUCCGAGUUUGGGAUGAAGAGUCGGGAAUAUUUUUCACUAAGACAUAUUUAUGGAAUAAAAAGGUUCUUCUCAUCCUUGAUGAUGUGGAUAAAUUAAACCAGCUAGAAAAACUGGUUGGAGAGAAAACUUGGUUUGGUGUAGGGAGUAGAAUUAUCAUCACAACUAGAAAUGAACGUCUACUAGUUCAGCAUGAUAUAGCGAGACGACAUAAGGUCGAGGUAUUAAACAAUGGACAAGCUCUUAAGCUCUUUAGUCAACAUGCCUUUAAGAAAAAUCAGUCUGCGGAAGGUUUUCUAGAACUGUCUCAGCGUGUCCUACAUUGUGCCAAAGGCCUUCCAUUAGCUCUUAAAACUUUGGGGACUUUGUUGUAUACGAGAGAUCAAGAUGCAUGGAAUAGUGUGUUGCAUAAUGUAGAGAAAAUUCCUAAUCCAACAGUUCUUGAUUCACUCAAAGUAAGUUAUGAUGGACUAGAAGAGAUGGAGAAGAAAAUUUUUCUCCAUGUUGCAUGUUUCCAUAAAGGGAAGGAUAAAGAGAAAAUAAUUGAAAUACUAGACAGUAUCUGGGACAUUUCCAGUCUUAUUUGGAUGGAUAUUCUUAUUGAGAAAUCUCUGUUAACCAUUAAAAAAAACAAUUUACGCAGUGACACUGUUGAGAUGCAUGAUUUGAUACAAGAAAUGGCAUGGGAAAUUAUUCGUCAAGAGUCUGUCAAUGAGCCUGGUAAAUGGAGUUGUUUGUGGCAUACCGACAACAUUUCUGAUAUAUUCAUGAACAACACGGGAACAUCCGCAAUUGAAGCCAUAGUCUUAAGUCGGCCGAAACCAGAAGUGGUACACUGGAAUUGUAAUAAAGCCUUCUCUAAGACGCCCAAAUUGAGGCUUCUUGAAUUUGAUAAUGUGAUCUUUUCUUCAGGCCCCAAAGUUCUUCCAAAUUCGUUAAGAAUUAUGCGUUGGAGCUGGUAUCUUUCCGAAUCACUCACACCAAAAUUUUACCCACGCUUCCUUGUUAAACUAGAGAUGCGUCAUAGCAAACUUGUCCGGAUUUGGGAUGGAGCAAAGGACUUCCCAAAGUUGAAAUAUAUUGAUCUUAGUUACUCUCAUAAAUUGGCCAGUACCCCAGAUUUCACACGCGUUCCUGUUCUUGAGGAAUUGAAUCUGAAAAGUUGUACGAAUUUAAUUGAGGUCCACGGGUCUAUUGCAGUUCUCAAAAGGUUAAAACGAUUGGACCUUAGUGACUGUAAAAGUAUCAAGAGUCUCCCAAGUAAAGUGGAAAUGGAUUCUCUUGAAUAUUUCAGUCUUUGUGGCUGCUCAAAAGUGAAAAAACUUCCGGAAUUUGAGGGACAUAUGAAAAAUUUGUUCAAGCUCAUUUUAAAUGGUACUGCUGUUGAGCAAAUACCUUCAUCAAUUGACGGUCUGGUUGGCCUCGCUGUAGAGUGUAUGUACAGUUACAAAAGUCUCUCGGGUCAAAUACUCUAUAUGCAAAGAUCCUCAAAACUUGUCAAACUGCCAGGGGAGAUGGAGUGUUUAGAGGAGCUUGAAUUAAGUGAAAGUGCUAUGAGAGAGCUGCUUGUUAUUGCUAUGAAGAAUAACAAAUAUCUAUCCUUACAUCGAUCAUCAACUUCAAGGGAUGACAGUGCAUGGUUUAGAAUAAGAAAGAGUCACCCUGAUCCUGCACCUGACCCUUUGGGUUUGGUGCUGUCUUCUAUAAAUGGUUUAUUCUCUUUGACAAGUUUAGAUCUAAGUGAUUGUAAUAUUGGUGAAGGAGUCAUUCCCGAUUAUAUUGGCUGCUGCUUGUAUUCUUUAGGACGUUUAAUACUUAGGGGAAACAAUUUCUUUAGCCUUCCUGCGAGCAUUAGAUUCCUUUCUAAGCUUAGGUCUCUUGACUUGAGUUUGUGCGAAAGGCUUCAGCAAUUGCCAGAUCUUCCGUCAAGUGCAAACUUACGCGUAAAUGUAGACGACUGUACUUCCUUAAGAAGGUUGUCAGAUCCAUCAAAUUUGAGGGGAGCUAAUGUGUAUGAUUUUGCCUUUAGUUGUCAUAAUUGCUUCAGAUUGGUUGAAGAAGAAAGCUGGAUUAAUAGAAUAUUUGCAAUGAUAAUGAGAUUGGCUCCUAACUCUGACGUUGAGGGAAUUGUAUGGCCUGGAAGUGCAAUUCCAGAGUGGUUCAGUAAUCAAAGUGUGGGAGAUUCAAUUACUGUGGAGUUGCCUCGACCUCCACCUCCACAAUCAUCAUGUAGCAGCAACUGGGCCGGGAUUGCUUUAUGUGUUGUUUUGGAAGAUUCUGAAUAUUUGCGAAAUCAAACCGCCCUUGUUGAAUAUGAUUAUUUCAAAAUUUAUUCUUCGGGAGGUCCGUUUGCGACUUUUAGAGUCGGGCAUCUUAGGUCACAACACCUUUGGGUUAUUUAUAUCCCUCGCCAUCGUUCCAGCUACUGGCAUGCCUCAUCGAGCAGUCAGUUUUCAUUCGAAGUACAUUAUGGUGCAUACAAAUCUUCCAACAGACUCAAAACAAGCUCCAAUAUAAAGAAAUGUGGGGCCCGUUUGCUGUACGAGAGAGAUUUCGAAGAAUUCUGCGGAAUACUGAAACUCCCCAAGCCCAAUUUGAAAUCAGCACUACAUGUAGCUCCGAUGGCUUCGUAUAAUCAUUAAUGAGGCCUCCAGAAGCUAAUGACGUUGGUCAAUUCUCAGAAUUCAACUAAGCCUCGAGUAAAAGAACAUUUUCAGAGAAACCUUUCAAUGCUGUGCUAUCAAACUGUUGCAAUAGCCAAUUAUGUGUUCAAUCCAAUCUUGCUCAAAACACAAUCAAUUUUGGUGAGAAGAUGGAGAAAAGUUUUCUUUGGUCGGCACCACCACGCGGAAACAGAGUUUUCCAUCUCUCUUCCAUUAUUUCCUUUCCUAUCUCCUCUCCACUCCUUUUCAUCUAUUGCCUACAACUUUCGUAUUGAGCAUUUUCAGUGUGUUUUUUUCUUGUGCAAACAGUCAACUUUGCAUCUUUUUUUUUUUUGGUUGGGUUGGUUCUUUUCCUGCCAAUUCUCUGGCUUUGUGAUUCUUUUGGUGUUCUGUUGAGCUUAUUGUCCGAGUUUAGGUUUCCUUUUUAUUGAUCUCUAGUUUGUUUUGCUGGGUAUUUGCUCUACGUCCUUAUUCUCUAUACGUUGUCAAUUACCACAAAAAUUAAAGCUGCCGUUUUCUUUUCAUACAUGAUUUUUUUAUUUUUAAGAAUUUGCUGAGUGUUUGCAGAACCAGAUUCACAGGGACUGUUUUUUUUUUUUUUUUUUUUCCUCCAAUGGGGUUGAGCACCCAAAGAGCCUCUGCAUCUCUUACUUCAGCUGAAUUGGCUCCUCCUCGAUGGAAGCAUGAUGUGUUUUUGAGUUUCAGGGUGAAGACACUCGCAGGGGUUUUAUAUCUCAUUUAUACCACGAAUUGCACUACUGGCAAGCAAUUACAACAUUUAAGGACGACCGAGAGCCUGAAAAAGGAGCAAGUAUUUCUCCGGACCUGUUGACCGCAAUCAAACAAUCACAUCUUGCAAUCAUUGUUCUGUCACCAACUUACGCUUCUUCCACCUGGUGCUUGGAUGAACUUUCAAAGAUUCUUGAAUAUAUGGAAGACACCAAGAGAAUUCUAUUGGUUUAUAAGUGUGAUUGCUGAAAUGUAAUUAGAACAAAAGAAGUUUCUAUUCUUUGUUUUAAUAGGCAGCUUUGGAUCACAGUCCAAGUAUGCAGCAGAAAAUGUAAUAGUCUUGUGUCACUUGUCUCUAUCUCAUAGGGUAGUUAAAUGAGAGGCUAGAAUUGAAUGAUGUAAUGAGGAAUAUUCCAUUCCCAAAGGUUUUGUCAGAGCACAAUAUAUGCAUGACAUAUUGGAGCUGAGCUAAUAUAAUCUUAGCUAGCUUCUUCUCCAAUCUCUC